AGGUACAACAAUAAAACAUGAACACAGUCUAAUAAGAAAAUAUGAGCACAACCAAAACAGAUUUUCUGUUACGCAACAAGCUGUGCAGUGUGUUGUACAUAAUUGAAACAGAAGAAAAAUCAAUGUGUUCUAACUGUUCUGUUUUGAAAACAGAAAAAUAUUUCCUAUGCCGAGGAAAACAUUAUCAGAGUGAAUACUAAUCACUGAAAUCCCAUAGAAAACCCCAAAACUUUAAAAAGCAGUGGGAACAGUCUUUUUCCGUUAAGGAUUCCUAUGUGCAAGGUGGCCGUAUGUACUCCAACCCCCCUUGUCACUCGUGCAUGGUGUCCGCAAGCGCGCAAGUGUGGAUUCCCGUACAUUUGAGAAGGUCGGGAGGCAAUAAAUCUGGAAUGAUUGAUGAUCAUUGAUCCCUUUGAAUGAGUGAUCCAUUCACACAUCCCGACAGCGAGGUGACGACUGCCACAGUAUUGCCAUUCGCCUUGAUUGCGUGACCAUAUGCAGCGCCUGCUACGGGCCGUAGCCAAGUACCUGCUCGUGGUCGGGGUGUGCUGUCCUGCGGCUGUCCACGGCCUGGAGUGCAUGGUGGGCAUACAGGAAUGCCACUGCGGAUGGGCUUGUACCGGCGGUUUGGAUGAAGCCGCCUCCAGGGACCUUGACGCGGCGCACAGGAACCAGACGUGCCAGCGUGCCCUACCGCUACUGGCUUAUCCCCCGGCGCGGACGUGCCCGGGUAACGCGGACGUGUGCCUGUACUAUACCGAUAUACAGCUGGCGCCCUACCUUAACGGCACCGUCGUGGGACGGGCGCGCUUCGGGAACUGCUACCGUCCGGGCACCGGCACACCGGCCAACCAGUCCACCUACUACCCGGUCUUCACGCUACCGGACACGGUCCGCCACAUCGACGGCAUAGGCGCGCGCGUGGGCCCGCAGGGCUUCGCCGGACAGAACUUUCUGUGCAGCCGUGUGGAUUAUGAGCGACGUCCUAGCGGCGAGGAUGAGUACGCGGUGUACUGCCUGUGCCGGCUGAACAAGUGCAACCUGGACCUGCAGACCAUGGGCGCGCUGCCGGUGGAUCCCGGUAAGGAUGUUGAUGCCCGUAUCGUGGACCUGUACAAGAACCCUAAUACCAGUGCACCGACGCUGACGCCGGUGGAGAUCAACAACACACCAGCAGCGAAUGCCACGCGGCGUCCGGAUACGAUGGACGCCGCGUGCGGAACACAUCCCGACAGCGAGGACUGCAAUUCACCGGCUACACGUUCCGGGGCGACGCAGCUGCGCCAUCAAGCUGGGCGUCUGUGGUGUGUGCUUGCUGGAUGGACUUUACACCGCGUAAUAUUAUGUAAGCAGUCUUUCCCUUGUCAUUUUAUGUAAUCCUUUAUGCGCCGCGCUUUUUGGAGCUUAUAAUGAGGAGUUAUGCAGGCCUUAGUGUGAUGGCUGCACUGCCGCUCUAGAAUACGUAGUUUAUCCGGAGUACUUAAAAAUACUAUUAAAUUUAACAACAGUAUAAUAUAAAAUUUUAGUAUCGUAUCUUAUUUUAGCACUGUACUGUAAUCACUUAUAUAUGUAAAAUCAGCAAAUAAAAAAAAUAUAAAAAAAAAACAGGAAACGGUAUUUAGCGCGAAUUCUUCGCAAUGCACGAUUGCUACUACA